AUGGCCCGUGCAAGCACGUGUGGCGGCGACAAGGCGGAGUUGAGAAAAGGGUCGUGGACGGCGGAGGAGGACGAGCUGCUCGUGAAAUGCAUCGCGGAACACGGCGACGGCAACUGGAGCGCCAUUCCCAGGAAAGCCGGGUUGCAGCGGUGCGGCAAGAGCUGUCGCCUGCGAUGGACCAACUACCUGCGGCCCGACUUGAAGCGAGGCGCGUUUUCGCGCGACGAGGAGGAUCUCGUGGUGCGCCUGCACCGUCAGAUGGGCAACCGUUGGGCGAAGAUCGCGCUCGAGAUGCCGGGGCGCACCGACAACGACAUUAAGAACCACUGGAACACUCGAUUAAAGCGGCGACUGAGGGACCUCGGCGUCGAUCCCGACUUGCACCUCCCGCUGCCCUCCGCGCCGCCCCUGCUCGCCCCCUCUAGCCUCCUCGCCGCCGCUCUGGGGGAGGAUCCGCGAAAGGGAGUCCCCGCGGGGCCUGCUCCGCUGGCGGUAGCAUCGGCGCAAAGCGUUGAUGAACCUCUGUCAAAACGUCGUCGCGUGGAUGAGUCGACGCACGACGCGGGUUUCGCGUCGCCCACCGGUUCCUCCUCCCAGCUCCUCCCUCCCCUCCACGCCCCCGCCGCUCCCCGUCCCGCUCCCCGCGCACCUCCCGGUGCGCCUCCCUCCCCGUGCAACCUCCCCCCUUCCGCCAUCACUUCCCCUUUCGCACCAGCGGGAGAAGCUUCCCCCAGGACUCCCUCCGCCGACGACGAUAGUCCUUCCGCUUCUUCCGCUUCCCCCUGCGACAGCCCUUCCGCCCACUUCCCGGCGAGCCCGCCACUGCCUUCUGAGCCCCUUGCGCUUGCUCCCUUGGCGGUGCCCGCGCGCACAACGCCCAGGGUACUGGCGGAAGCGGAGGCAAAAUGGCGCAGUCCGCGCCCAGGCCGCGCAUGGCGGGAAGGGUCUGGCGUUGACGGGGAAGAUCAAGCUGGGAUGGGACAAGGGGGCGAGGUGGAGGUUGGUAGCAUCAACGCAGGCACCACAGUCUCCACAGGCGCCACGCGCAGUCAGCCCAGCAGGGGCGUGACUGAUAAUACGGCAAUGCCCCCUCCUGCGUGCUUAGAAGCUGGCCUGACUAGGUCACAGCCAAGCACUCAGGCUGCAUUGACACGGCUGACUGCGCUGCUUGGCAGUGCAGGGCGGGUGAGAGCAGGGUUCAGAAUGCCCCCUCGCCUCAUCAUCCCGUGCCUUCCUGGGGACACUGAAGCAGAUGCCACUGUCAGCGCUGUAGCUGGGAUGGACGUUCCUGCAGGUCUGGGUGUGGGUGGAGGGAGCAACCUGGCAGCAGGCGCGACGGCUGAUACCACCAUGGUGUCUGAGAAAUUGCCCAGCCCCCUCGCGCUCAUCAACAGGUUAGUUACCCGCAUGAUUUUACUGUGGCGCAAUUUCCACUUUCCGCACGAAUCUCCAUCGUUUCCCUCCGCCGAUUCCCUGCAGGUGCGGCAGCUGGAGGAGGGUUUGCGCGGGUCAUGGCACCCGGCGGUGGUGGUGGGUGUGGAAGACGGCUGGCGCGUCGUGCAGUACCAGGAGCUUAUCACAGACGACCUCUCCGAGCCGCUCGUCGAAGCCAUUCCUCUCGCGUCCUACUUUACCUCGGGAACUCCGUGCCAGGCUCCACCCCCCGAUUCCCCGUGGAAAACUCUGAUCGAGUCCGCAAUGGCGAAAUUCGCGAAGCUGGUAACGGCGGACGGGGUGAACGGCCGCGCGGUGAAGCCGGUGCUGCGGCCGCGCCCGCCGCAGGAGCACGUGCCGUCGUACAGGCGGUGGCGCGCGGGCGCGCCGGUGGACAUGCUGUGUAACGACGCGUGGUGGGAGGGGUUCCUCCUCGCGGACGUCGUGCGCGUCGGCAAGCGCACGGAAGUACCCGUGGAGUUUCCCGACGAAGCGACGUCGGAGUCGGUUGCGAUCGGUUUGUUGCGGUUCGGUCAGGAUUGGGACGAGCGCACGGGCGAGUGGCACCCGCGGAAGGUGGAGGGGGCUGCAGCGAGGAUUGCGGGUAGCGGAAGCGCGGGUUGCGAGAACGGCGUAGCGAGACUUAGCUUGAAGCCGCGCGGGGAUGGUCGAGGGGAUGAGAACGGCGCGAUUAGCAGCGAGCUUGCGCACGAACAGACAGCCUCGAUAACACUGAGAACAGGGGCUAGUUUGGAUGGAGGCUCUGAAGCAGUUCCUGAUGCUGCUGCAGCCGACACUCCCAAGGUGGCCUCUGGUGGCCUGGAUACGACUACUAGGGCAGACAUGGGGCGUUAUAGCGGCGGAAAGAAGAUCAGGCGCAGGGACUCAGGUUUAGGGUUAGGGUUAGGGUUAUGGUUGGGUCACGGUGCGGGCGCAGGCACGGGGCUCGGCGUGCUGCAUUCACGGGGCGCAGGAUCGCAGCACGUACGGGAGGUGAACGAAGUGUCUGAUGUGAGCCAGGCGAGAGAAGGGAGAGGGUUGAGAGACGGCAGAUUGGCGGGAGAGGCGGGAGAGGCGAGUGGGGUGAAUCAGCACGAGGCUGGGUCGCCCUUGGACAGGGUUGCGCCGAGGGGAAAGCGCGUGACGGAGCAGAAGCGAGUGAGCAUGGGCGGAGGGGGAGGGCCAGGGGGGAAGCACGCGGCGGGUGAGGGCUGCGCGGGGAGGCGGAGAGAGGGCGCAGUGGUGAUCGGCAAGGGGACCAAGGCGCAGGGCAGCAGAGGCAGGGCGCGGCAGUUGCGGGUGAGAGAGGCCCCUGGGGCAGCGGACGAGGCAGCAGGGGAGGCAGCCGGAGGUGGGUUUGCCCCAGACUCCGCGGAGCACGCGGGCAGCGCGGACGUUCCCCCCGCGCGCAGGGCUCCCGCGCACAAGAAGCACUCUAUAGCGAAGGUCUACCCGCCUGGGAGGGACCUAGCGCGGCUGAUAGACCAAGGGCUGGUGAGAGACGGCGAGGCAGUCGAGUAUAGGGACAUGCGGGAGAGGCGCGCGCUCAAGAGCGGGCGGCUGUCGCGGCAGGGCGUGACGUGCGACUGCUGCGGACGCAUGUUUAACCUCUCUGGGUUUGAGGCGCACACAGGGGUGACGUACAGGCGCCCCGCGGCGAAUAUGUUUCUGGAGGACGGGCGGACGCUGGCCGUGUGCAAGAUGGAGGCGGAGAGGAGCGCGUAUGGGGGAGGCACAGGCGCAGGCGUGAGCGCUGCUGGGGGUGGGGAUGGAGGUGGGGUGGCUGCGGGGAAUGGCGCAGUGAGGGAGGCAGGCGGGAGGGGAACGUCAGGUGGUGGGCGGGAGGAGGGGAAGGGGGAGGGGGCAGCGGCGAGGAAGGUGGUGAGAGUGAAGGGGCUGGGGUCGAAGGUGAAAGGCGCAGGGGGUGAGGGGGGCGGGGAGGGCGCGGAAGGGGAGGGGGGAGCGGGGGAGCGGAAUGACUACAGUGAUGUGCUGUGUAGGCUGUGUGGGGAUGGUGGCGAGCUGCUGUGCUGCGAUGCAUGCCCUGCCACACUGCACCUGCCCUGCGCUGGCCUGCAGGUGUGUUCCAUUCUCGUGCCUUUUGAGUCGACUCAAAAGUCCCCUGCCACACUGCACCUGCCCUGCGCUGGCCUGCAGGCGUUGCCGGGGGGCAACUGGUUCUGUCCGGCAUGCCGCUGCUCCAUCUGCGGGGGCAGCCACUACGGCACGCAGGGCUUUGGCGACGACACCGUCAUCUUCUGCGACCAGUGCGAGCGCGAGUGUGAGUUGAAGGAGGGGUGUAGGGUUUACACACCACCUCCUGCCCUUGCACUCAUUGGCUCCCCUUGCCAGUUCCGCACUCCCUGUGCUGCAUUGCAUUGUUGCCGCCUCCACAACGUGUGUCAGUUGCAUAUGUCUAAGCCUAUUAAGCCACGGUGCUCCUUAACCAUGCCCCCAACAAUUCUUCCCUUUCUCUUCCUUCCGACCCACCCACUUUUUCUCUCCUCCCUCCUUGCCUUCUCCUCCGCCCGCCCCGCUCCCCCAAUCAGAUCAUAUCAUGUGAGCUGUCUCAGGGACAUGGGGUGGGCGGAUCUCAAGGAGCUGCCCACCGGCCGUUUCUUCUGCCGCCCACAGUGCCGCACCGUAUUCUUCGGCCUGCAACGCCUCAUAGGCAAGCCCAUCUCCCUCCCGGGCGGCUUCUCCUGGACGCUUCUGCACGCGGAGGGCCCGCGCAGCGAAGCAGGUUCAGUGACCAAGGAGGAGCGGCGGCACGACAACCUACUGAGGGAGCGAACAGGCGAGGUGGAGAGGAAGCUGCGGUGCGGCAUGGAGGUGAUGAGGGAGUGCUUCCACCCCAUCAAGGACGCCUUCACUGGCGAGGACCUCGUCCCCAUCAUCGUGCACAGCAAGAGCACGAAGCAUCGGGACUAUUCGGGGUUCUACACUGCAGUGCUGCAGCAGGGCAAGGAGUCCAUCACCGCCGCCAGCAUCAGGGUGUACGGCUGUGAGCUAGCAGAGAUGCCCCUCAUCGGAACCCGUUUCCGCUACCGCCGCCAGGGCAUGUGCCGGCGCCUGCUGCAGCAGAUAGAGCAUCUGCUCGCCUCCCUGGGCGUUCGCAGGUUCCUCCUGCCAGCUGUCCCCGAGGCCGAUGCCACGUGGCGCCAGGGCUUUGGCUUUGCUGACAUGUCAGCGGAGGGGCGGCGGCAGCUGCUACAGCUGGACGUGCUGGUUUUCCCCGGGACGGCUGUUUUGGAAAAGGCGCUGCCGGUCCUGCCGCCCGCUGCCGCCCCUGCCGCCCUGCCGCCGCUUAUGGCUGGGCCGGCUGGGCAGUGGAAGCUGGGGACUGGAGGGAGAGGGGCGGGAGGGGCGGGUGGAGCAGCAGCAGGGGGGCCGGGGGGGGUGAGGGCGGCAGGGGCGGUGGUUGGGGGGAGACUGGGGGGCAGGAGGGGGAUGGGGAGGGGCGGGGGAAAGCUGAUGCUGCCUGGACGGAAGGGCGCAGGAAGGGGCCUGGGGCGGGGAGGGAAGUUUAGCCUAAGGGCUCUCCCGUCUCCCUCUGCCCGUCACUCUGCUCUCCCUCCCACCCCUCACACUCCCCCACUCCCCGCCAUUUCUCCCGGGAAGCACCAUAAGGGAGGGGGGAGAGUGCGCCUCCCCCUGAAAAUCCACCCUUUGCCGGAGGAUCUGAGGUGGCGGGGGGGAGAGGGGGAGAUUCGACUGGUGAAAUACAAGAACUGGCCGGCUAGUGUGCUGCGGCAGCGGCAUAAGCAGCGGCUGGCGCAUUUGGAGGGGUUGGGAAAGGUGGGAGCGGGUGCGGAGCUGUUGAGUGUGGUGGUGGGGUAUGUGGGGCUGCCGUGGCGCGUGCUGCAGUGGGGUGGGGAAGGGGCGGAGUGGGUGGGUGCAAGGGAGGACGAGGAGGGUCAAGAGGAAGGCACCGGUGCUGCAACUGCCACUGCUGCUGGCACCGCAGAGGCGGGUGGUGAUGCAGUUGAGUUGAAAGCAGAGGAGAUGACUGAGGGGGAGGCAGAGGGGAACGGGGAGAGGGAGGCCGAAGGAAGUGCAGAGAGAGAAGCAACAGAGAAUGCACAGAAAGGGGUAGAGUGUGAGGAUGAGGAGAAACCAGAGAGUAGGGCUGCAGACGGGGAUGUGAAGGGGAGGCAACUGCGGGGGAGGGGUGAAGGAACAUCGGAUGCGGUUAGGAGUGGUGCGAAGCGGUGGAGUGAGCAGCAGGGGCAGAGAAAGGCAGCACGGCAGUCCCCUAGGCUGGCAGAGUUGGGAGCGGAGAAGCAACUCAAGGCAGGCAAAGCAGUGAAAGCAACCAACAUGAGCAAAACGGUUCCUGCGGGCAAGGCUAGCAAGGCAAGCGGCAUGAGUCACAUGGUUGCUACCAAUACAAACAUCACGAGCAACACAAACAACACAAGCAAUGGAGGGAUUAUGAGUAAUAUGGGUGACGAAUGUGAGGCAGUGGUGCCGAGUAGGGAGUGGGGCAAGGAGGGGCGGCGAGGACCCAUGCUGGUGGUGAUCGCUCUUGAGGCCCCUGAACGCGUGGAGGGGCCUCUGGAUGCUGCGUAUUGGGCUCAGGUGGAGGAGGAUGCGAGGCGGUGCAGAGCGGUGGAGGAGGGUGAGGGGGCGGGGGAUUUGGGGCGAGAGAAGGGAGAGGAGGGAGAGGGAGGAGAGGGGGAAGAGGGGGGAGAGGGGGGAGAAAGGGGAGAGGAGGAAGAGGAGGGGGCACCUGGUGGGACUGGUGGGAGAGGUGGGGAUGGGGAGGACGAAGGAGGGAUGGUGGAUGUGGAAGCAGGAGCACGGACAGGCAGAGCAGCAGCAGAAGCAGGUGAGGCAGGUGAGGGGGCGGAGGGUGGGGAGGCAGCAGAGCCAGUGCGCACACCUUCAGCAGCAGCAGCAGCCGCAGGGGGGCGAGGUGAAGCAGGGAGGCGGGCGGCAGGGGCAGCAGGGGCAGCAGGGGCAGCAGGGGCAGGAGGAGCAGGAGUGCGUGUGGGAGGGGAGCGGGUGUGGGUGAGCGCGGAAGCUCUGCAGCGGGUGGUGCGCACGUUUGGCAUCGAGGAGAUGUGGCGCGCCGUGCCUGUGGAGGUGAUUGUGGGGGCAGUGGAGGAGGACGGGGCGGGUGAGAUGGGAGGGGCAGAUGCGGUGGAUGAGAUGGGUAUGAUGGGUGCAAUGGAUGGGGGGGAUGGGUUGGAUGCAAUGGGUGAGGCAGAGCAGUUGCUGCUAGAGGGGAUGCAUGGGGAAGGGAUGGAGCUGAGUACGGUUCAGAGUGGUGAUGGUGCUAUGUGGAGGUCUGUGCCUGACACACCGCCGCCAGAGCUUUCCCUGCCGCCCAUCGGGCAGCGUCCUUUGGCUUUCCAGUUGCCGCCCAGUGCUUUUGAACCUUCACCCAAUGCUACGCCGUGCACACUGCAAGCCUCUCAGAUGACACCUGCCUCCCAGAUGACACCUGCCUCCCAGAUGACACCUGCCUCCCAGAUGACACCUGCCUCCCAGAUGACACCUGCCUCCCAGAUGACACCUGCUUUCCAGAUGACACUUGUCUCCCAGAUGACACCUGCCUCCCAAAUGACACCUGCCUCUCAGAUGACACCUGCCUUCCAGAUGACACCCGCCUCUCAGAUGACACCUGCCUUCCAGAUGACACCUGCCUCUCAGAUGUCACCUGCCUCUCAGAUGACACCUGCCUCACACACGCCUCUUGGAAUCACGGAGCCAACUCCCACUGUUUUCGAGGCGAUUCCUGCAGCCUCCCUGCCGGGAGAUGCUGCCUCUGUGUUGCUGCUUGAGGCAGGGUCAGCAGUGAAAGGAGAGGAGCGCGUAGCAGAUGGUGAUUCCAUUGGGGCCGGCAGAGAGGAGGGUGCGCGGGAGAGAGUGGGCGAAGGGGUGGUAGGGGAAGCAGAGGGCGCCAUGGGUGCAUUGCAGCUCGCACCAGCCAGUGGGGCUCGAGAUUCCUCUCCCAUUCCUCGUUCGCUCUCUGCUGCUCAUGCACCAGAGGGCGUGGCAGCAGAGGGCGUGGCACCAGAGGGCGUGGCAGCAGAGGGUGUGGCAGCAGAGGGCGUGGCACCAGAGGGCGUGGCAGCAGAGGGUGUGGCAGCAGAGGGCGUGGCAGCAGAGGGCGUGGCAGCAGAGGGCGUGGCAGCAGAGGGUGUGGCAGCAGAGGGUGUGGCAGCAGAGGGCGUGGCAGCAGAGGGCGUGGCAGCAGAGGGUGUGGCACCAGAGGGCGUGGCAGCAGAGGGUGUGGCACCUGAGGAUGUGGCACCUGAGGAUGUGGCACCUGAGGAUGUGGCACCUGAGGAUGUGGCACCUGAGGAUGUGGCACCUGAGGAUGUGGCACCUGAGGAUGUGGCACCUGCGGAUGUGGCACCUGCGGAUGUGGCACCUGCGGAUGUGGCACCUGCGGAUGUGGCACCUGGGAGUGUGGCACCUGAAGUGACCCCCCUCCCCCCGCCUCUCCCCCUCAGCUUCCCCUGGCUGCUUCUCCCUGGCACCUCCAUCCCCCCCAACCUUGCUUGGCGCCAGUCCUCCCACGCAGUGCCCCUCGGCGUGAGGGGUGCGGGGGACGACGGAGCAGGUGAGGGGGAGGAGGCGGACGAGGGGGACGAAGGAGGUGCAAGAGGGGUGGGAGGGGCGGGGGAGGAGAGGAGGCGGAGGGGCGGGGGUGCGCAGGUGGGGGGCGAGGGGUGGGUGUAUGGGGUGGAGGAGGAGUGGGUUCCCACCAGUGCUGUGUGCCGCAGGCGGCGAUCUGAGUCCACUCGGCGGGCUCGCGCUGUGGGAGAGAGACUCUCUGGAGAGAGGGUGGAUGGGGUGAGGGUGGAUGCUGCACAGCAGCAGCAGCAGCAGCAGCAGCAGCAGGAGGAGCAGGCGCACAGGGCGACUGGCAUGCUGUCUUGGCCUCUCACUGACGGUACUGCUUGCACUGCUGGUGCUGCUGGUGCUGCUGGUGCUACCGCUGGUGCUACCGCUGGUGCGGUGUGGCAUCAUGGUGGUGUUGGCAGCGCUACUCGCACACCAACCGGAGUGCGGAAGAAGCGGCGAGGCAGCAGCUCCUCUGUUGUCGUCGCUGCCUCUGCUUCUGCUUCUGCUGCAGCGCCCCCUGCACUUUGUAUCGCUGCUGAUGGCGCCACAGGCAAUGGGAUUGCCAGAGCAGCAGCAGCGCCAGCAGCAGCGUCAGCAGCAGUGGUUGUGUCACCCCUGCCCCAUGCUCACUCUCCCCGCACCAGCCACCGCACGUGCCGGCAGGGGUGGCGGGCAGCAGGGGGGGCAGCUCGGCUGAUAGCUUAUCGCGGCCGGGAGGUGACUGCUGGGGAGGGUGGGUCUGAGGAGGGGCGUUUCAAUGGUGCGGGGGAUGCGGGGUUGUUGGCACAGGCAGGUGGAGGAGAGGAGGGGUUGGCAGAGAGAGGGAGAGCGGUGGGGGUAGAGACACCUGGUGUGUUGGCUGUUGGCGGUCCGCUGCAGUCAUAUGUUGGUGGGGUACAGGCAGGGAUGAUUGCGGACGCUGCAGUGUCAGGGGUUGUAGCAACGGCAGGUGUAGGGGCAGAGGGAGGAGCAGCAGGGAGAGUGGUGCGUGGUGGUAGGGACGUGCAUGUGCCCCUGUUGCAGCCAGAUGCUGCUGGAGCAGCAGAGAUGGCAGAAACAGGGGCAGCAGGAGCGGUGGGAGAAGGAGAAGCAGCAGCAGCAACUGCAGCGCCUGCAGCAGUGCUAACGCCUGGUGCAGCAGCAGCGGUGCUUCCAGUGGUCGCAACAGCAGAGGGGGGUGUGCAUACCAUGCCUUUAGGGGGGCGGACCAAAGUGCCUAUAUGGGGGACGCAGUACAAGCGGCGCAGGGUGGAGCGGCGGAGGGGAGAGAGGGGGUGCAGUGAGAGUGGGGGGGAGGGCAGCAUGGACACAGGGCCAGUGGAUGAUGACAUGGGGCGCAGGGGAGAGGUGCAUGGUGACUUUGGCAUGACAGGCGUGGGGCACAUGGGAGACAUGGGGGAUGUGGGGGCAGUGGGGGGUGUGGGAGGGAAUGGAGCAGGUUGCGAGGGUGUUGAGAGCGGUGCAGAUGGCGCGCAUUCCAGUGGCGCUGGAGGGAGUGGCGAGAUGGAGAGCAGCAGUGGCGUGGAUUUGAUUCUCUCUGCCUCGCACAGCUGGAGCAGCAGCCAUGGCGUGUCAGCGGGAGCGGCCGCAUCAGGCAGUGUAGGGGGGACGGAUAAGGGCAGCUGCAGGCAUGCCAUGCUCACGCGUGGGUCACACGGGCAUGUGGCACAGACACAUGGGUCGGAGGGCCGUGCGUCUCACAUGCAUGUGUGCCACACAGAGGCUGUGUCGCGAGAGCGGUCGCUGCUGGCAUGUGUGAAGGACGAACUCAUGGUUGAGGCUGCCUCGCUGGCAGCUGGGGAGAGGCUUGUUGGGGGGCAAGCUGCUUCGACACAAGCACCAUCGGAAGUACCAGCAGCAGCAGCAGCACCAUUAGCAGAACUACGAGUUCCCACAGCAGCGGUUUCUGCAUUGGAAGAGAACGCGUGUCAUGAGGUAUCAGCGCUUGAUGUCUCAGCUGUUAGCCAGCAGCAGGUGCAGUGGGCGGGGAAGGAGGAGCCGCAGGAGCUGGAGGAGCCAGAGCAGCGGGCGGAGCAACGACAGGAGCGCAAGGAGCAAGAGGAGGAGCAGGACCGGCAGCAUCAACAGCAGGAGGAGCAGCAGCAGCAGCAGCAGCAGCAGGCAGCCCGGUUGUCAGCGCGAGGAGCAGCCCACCGGUCGACAUUCAAGUUGGAGAGGCUGAGCCUGCUCUCCCUCUCUCCUCUUGUGGGCCGCUCUGGGUCUGCAGGCAAUGAUGGGCCGCUGGGGCUGGCUGAGGUGGGGGGGAGGAGACGCAGCAGCAGACUGCUGGAAGGGCAGGGGGCAGGGGAGGAGGGCGAGAAGGGAAAGGCGGGAGGGGGGGUGGGCGAGAAGGGGAAGGCGGGAGGGGAGAGGGCAGAGGAAGGGGUGGUGGGAGGGAGGAAUGUGGAGAGUGGUGGUGAGGGGAAGCAAAGGCGGCGAGUGGGGGUGGUGGCGGCUGCUGGUGUGGCAAGAGGGGUUGGUGCUGGUGCUGCUGGUACGGGGGAGGUGAGAGGGAAGGGGCAGAGCAGCAGCAGGGGGGCAAGCGGAGCAGAGAAGCGAGUGCUGUUCCUGAAUGGGGUGGGGGCGGGGGAGAGGAGGGGGUGUGUGAGUGCGCAAGGCCUUGACGCGUCAGAAGAUGGAGAUGUUGUGGAGGUGCAGGGGGAGGAGCGGGGGAGGGAAGGCGGGGAAGAGGAGAGCAGCAGGGGAUUCGACUCAGCAGCAGCUACACCGCUCCCCCGCGCCACACUGCUGUGGUCCCCCGGCCCUCUGCUGCUCCCCCCCUCUGGCGCCCCACCCUCCCCGUGGCGCUUGGAUGGAGUGGGUGAGAGAGAGGCGGAGAGGGAGGUGGAGAGGGGGAACGAAGGGAGAGAUCUGCAGGUGGUGAGGGCGGAAGUGAAGGAGGAGGAGGUGAUGGGGAAGGUGGAGGGGGAAGGGGAGGAGAGAGCGAUGGGCAAGGGACAUGAUGGCCAGUUGGACACAGUGCGAGUAGGGCCCAGUCUUGCAGAUGCAAGCAUUCAAGAGGUUGCAGCAGAGAAGGGAGAGGCAGCAGAGCAGAAAGGAGCAGCAGCAGGAGCAGGCACAGGGAUUCACACGGAGGAGGUGAAGCUGGAACUUGCAUUGCCUGCAGAAGCCUCUCACACGCCUAUCAUCCCUACCCUCAUGCAAGCUGCUCCCUCUGCUUCCUCGGAUGUUGCCGCCUCUGCUCCAGGGAAUUUUCCCGGCAAUCCCAAGGGAGGCAACCUGGUUACCACCUCCAAGCAUCAGCACGUUACCAUCGCCUUCCACCACAGGCACCUCGCCCUUGUGUUCCCCAUUGGCCCCGUCACCCACGACACUGAUGUAUCAGAGGAGGCGACUGGCCGCUCCCCGUGA